AUCAUACUUGUGAUGGGGGCGCACUCACCCUGACAUAAUUUCCCAACGUUCUGAUCUCGUAUGUAUCCGUUGGUGUACUAGUGAAAAAUGAGAGAUGGCAUUCCGCAGAUAGGAGAAGCAGAUGGCCGAGCUGACUUGACCUAAUACAUGGUCCAAUUGCAGAAGAUGUCUUCACAGCAGCAGUACCCCAGACCUGAAUGCUGUGCUAUCAAACUGGUGUGUUGUCUCUGAUGGGAAUGACGCAAAGGGUUGUUGUUCCAUGUUGUCUAAGGUUGUCUACCACUGCGGCACUAGGGCAUCCAGAUCAUGCCAGAGGUGAUUUUGCGUUUGAACUUUGCUGCGACGACGCAUGCGCUUGAUCAUUGGACAACCGGCGCAGGCUGAAUAGGGAGAGCGGUGCCACUGCUAGUAAUAUGGGUGGUCUCGGAGUGCAGGGUAAACCACGUUCCCUUCAAUGAAAUGAGUACAAGCGUGGGAAGGGCUCUGGGAAGGCCACGGACCGGACCUGGUCCCUGUGACGUCAUUAAUACGAUAUCUGCUUCGAAGACCUGCGGUGGUACUUCCACGAAGAGAGAAUGUGAAAAUGCGGAGGUCCUCGGCGAAAUAAGCGCAUCGGCUGAAGGACAGCUGUGGGGGUUUCGGGUAGGGUCAUAUGGAGUGCGUGCCGGGUAUCCAGAGGUGUCUGGACGCACCCCCCUAUGCAAACCACCAGGCGUUUACGUUGGGUGUCAAAAACACCGGGGUGCGGAGAUCAGGGAGCCUGUCCUAGGAAUUGGCUGCGUUGCACAAAGAAACCUCCCCAUGGUAUCUGUUGGAGUGCCAGUAGAUGCCCCUGGUUUAAACGUCUACCUGGGUACUUCGCAACUUCUCAAGCAGUCCUUCAUUUGUGAGAUACGCCCCAUCAAUUUAUUACACGACAAACCUGUCUCGGGUGUCAACGUUAUAGUGCCUGGGACUUACACACAACCACUUACCGUGUGUGUCCCCAAGAUUGCGCUGGUUGGCCGGCUCGGCCGAAUGUGUGUUGAGAUCGUAUCCAUAAGGGGUGGAAGAUUCGAGUGUUACAAAGUAGCGUCGCGGAGGAGCCCGGCAGCCUCGCCUGUGUUCGGCGUCGCAACUACGACGUACAGCAAAAAGAGCUCGUCGCACUGUGAGACCCGAGUCAACCCUGGAGGCGUGGCCUUUGGAUAG